GGCUCUCGCUAGGCUUGUUGGGUGUGUGCGAUUGGCUAGGCCGGCGCAGCCUGCAGCUCGGUGAGGCUCGGCGGCCGAGCGGACGGACGGAUCCCGGAGCCUCCCUGCUGCGACACUGCGGAGCCGGUGGCGGCCGAGCGGCGGCCGGGUCAGCUGAGGCGGCGGCCCCGGCGAGCGGUUUUUUUCCCUAGAGUUGUGAAGAUAGAGCAUCCUGGAGUCCACCAUGAACGGACAGUUGGACCUAAGUGGGAAGCUGAUUAUCAAAGCUCAACUUGGGGAAGAUAUCCGACGAAUUCCCAUUCAUAAUGAAGACAUUACUUAUGAUGAAUUAGUGUUAAUGAUGCAACGAGUAUUCAGAGGAAAACUUCUGAGUAAUGAUGAAGUUACAAUAAAGUAUAAGGAUGAAGAUGGAGAUCUUAUAACAAUAUUUGAUAGUUCUGACCUUUCCUUUGCAAUUCAGUGUAGUAGAAUACUGAAACUGACAUUAUUUGUUAAUGGCCAGCCAAGACCCCUUGAAUCAAGUCAGGUGAAAUAUCUUCGCCGAGAACUGAUAGAACUUCGAAAUAAAGUGAAUCGCUUAUUGGAUAGCUUAGAGCCACCUGGAGAACCAGGACCUUCUACCAGUAUUCCUGAAAGCGAUACUGUGGAUGGUAGGGAAGAAAAGCCUGCUGCUUCUGAUUCUUCUGGAAAACAAUCCACUCAGGUUAUGGCAGCAAGUAUGUCAGCUUUUGAUCCUCUAAAAAACCAAGAUGAAAUCAACAAAAAUGUCAUGUCAGCAUUUGGAUUAACAGAUGACCAGGUUUCAGGGCCACCCAGUGCUCCUGCAGAAGACCGUUCAGGAACUCCUGACAGCAUUGCUUCUUCCUCCUCAGCAGCACACCCAGCAGCAGUUCAACCACAGCAGCCUCCAUAUUCAGGCGCUCAGACACAAGCAGGUCAGAUUGAAGGUCAGAUGUACCAGCAGUACCAGCAGCAGGCUGGCUACGGUGCACAGCAGCCUCAGGCCCCUCCUCAGCAGUACGGUAUUCAGUAUUCAGCUAGUUACAGCCAGCAGACUGGACCCCAACAACCUCAGCAGUUCCAGGGAUACGGCCAACAACCAACUUCCCAAGCACCGGCUCCUGCCUUUUCUGGUCAGCCACAACAACUGCCUGCUCAACCACCACAGCAGUACCAGGCGAGCACUUACCCUCCACAAACUUAUACUACCCAAACAUCUCAACCUGCUAAUUACACUGUUCCCCCUGGCUCUCAGCCUGGAAUGGCUCCAAGCCAACCUGGUGCUUACCAACCCAGACCUGGUUUUACGCCAUCUCCUGCAAGUACCAUGGCCCCUCCUUCCAGUGGGGCUAACCCUUAUGCUCGUAACCGUCCUCCAUUUGGUCAGGGCUAUACCCAACCUGGACCUGGUUAUCGAUAAGGAGGUUCAACUGCACUAAUGAUGGCUACUUGCCUCCCAAAAGACUACAAUACUAUUUUGUUUCAAUUUGUAUUGUAUUGAAGUUCGAAAAAUUGAGAAGCAGAGCAUUUUUUUAUGAUAUCAUUGUUGCUGUUAAUUGAAAAUAUAAUUUGCUGGAAUACAAACACAAAAAGACCAAAAUGAACAUUGUUUCCUCCCCUGCUUAAAAUUGUAGCAGCUUCCUAGUUAUUUUGGAACACUACUCUACAUGCGUGUAAAAUGACUGGCUUUCUAGUUUCCCAGAGGUCAUUAAAAAGCUAGGCUAAGGUAUAGCCAUUACACUUGGCUAUUUACUAUUAACAUGAUGUACUAAAAAUAGAGCCCUUUGAGAAGAUGACUAGACUUAUGUAUAAAAUGUAACAUCGAUAGGCUAAUAAACGUGAUUGAAUCCAA